AUGGGCGCUCAAGGGGCUAUCUGGCGACAGAUUGGUCGCCGCCCUGCUCGCGUCCACGUGGCCGGAAAGGCCGGAGGGCACGGUGGAGGAGGAGGCCGGCUGGCUCGGGGACAUCGUGACGCAGGCGUGCGACUUUGCGAUGCCCCGGGCCGGCCGGCCUCGGCGACGGCCCACCUAUUGGUGGAGCGCGGGACUGGCGGAGCUGCGGCGCGCAUCGAGGCGCGCCUGGCGCCGCUUCUCUCGCGCCCGUCGCAGGUGGACGGCGGCCGAGGUGGAGGUGCACUACAGGGAGCUCCAGGAGAGACGGAGCUCCCUGAGGGCGGCGAUCAGGGACGCCAAGGCGAGGGUCUGGGAGGAGCUCCUCCGGUCCGUGGAGGGCGAUCCCUGGGGGCGUCCGUACCGGCUCGUAAUGGGCAAGUUGCGGCAAUGGACGCCCCGGGAGACCAAGGAGAUGGAUCCCCUGGAGCUGCGCGGAGUCCUGGACACCUUCUUCCCUGCGGGAGGCGGGUGCCCGGGACCCCCGGAGUGGAUGACCUCCGAGCGGACCCAGGAGAUACCGGGGAUCGGUCCGGAGGAGUGGGCGGGGAUCCUGCGCCGGCUUCGGGGCCAACGGGCCCCGGGGCCGGACGGGAUUCCCAGCAAGGUCUGGGCCCUCGCAAUGGAGGUCCUGGCCCCGAGGGUGAGGGCGCUCUUCGAGCGAUGCCUGGCGAAGUGACACUUCCCCUCGGCUUGGAAGAGGGCCAAGCUGGUCCUCAUCCCGAAGGACGGAGGAGACGCAGCGGCGGUGUGCAGGUUCCGGCCGAUAUGCUUGCUGGACGAGAUCGGCAAGCUGUUCGAGCGGGUGAUAGCGGGCCGUCUCGUCUGGAACCUCCCUGGGGGUGCUCCGAGUGA